UUCAGUAACUAAGUAAUUUCAUUUAGUCUUCGUACAGCUUGUGAGCAGCUCAUACAUAAAAUUUACUUGUGUAGUUUUGCAUUAGUGAAGUACAUAAAAUGUUCAUAGUGAAUUUUUUCUUCAGUUUUUGUGUAAUUUCCUUAUGUAUGAUCCUAUGGUCGCGUAGGAAAUACUAUAAAUUGAUGUUUAAGUUGCCAGGCCGAAUUGGAUAUCCCAUCCUGGGCAAUGCUUUACAAAUCAAACAAAGAGAUGAAAUCUUAAAUACAAUGAAAGAAAAAGAGGCUGCAUAUGGAGGUAUAUUCUUAUCUUGGAUCGGUCCGUUCCCCAUAGCUGUCGUGAGCGACCCUCAAAUAGCACAGGACAUUUUAACAUCGCCAAAUUGUGUUAACAAGAGUUUUGUGUAUAAAGGGAUGGAGGACGCAACAGGACCAGGGUUAUUCACAAUAGAUGAUCCUGAGUGGAGUUAUCAUAGGAAAUUAUUGAAUCCGGCUUUCGCGCAUAAGAUAUUGCUUAAUUUCAUUCCAAUAUUUAAUAAAGAGGUUGAUAAGUUAGUGCAAGUUUUUGAAACUCUAACCGAUGUUGAUGGGCUGGAUUUGGUGCCUAUACUACAGGAAUUUACAUUGCAAAUAGCUACUCAAACGACGAUGGGUCAAAAUGGCUCAGCUGUUGAUGAAUCGUUAGUGCAAUCUUUUCCAUACGUUCAAGAGACCAUUACCGAAAUGGGUACUCUAUCGUGGUUAGGCAUGAAGGUGCUGGUUUGGAUUUUGGGAGAUUAUGAGAGAUAUAAAAGGUCCAAAAUGGCUAUUCGUAAAUGCAUAGGAAAUCUAAUAACGGAACGCACUAAGGUUACGCCGGACCAAUCGAAGUUGGACGGCAAUAUCUUUAUAAACCGAGCUAUCGAAUUACUUCAGCAAGGGAGCUUUACGCGUAAAAAUGUUGAAGAUGAAUCAUUUGUCAUAGUUUUCGGGGCUUUUGAAACGACGGCAACCACAUUAAAACACAUUUUAAUUUUAUUGGCUAUGCACCCUGAAUGUCAGGAGCGAGCAUUUGAAGAAGUCUCUUCAUUGUUCCCGGAAAGCGGAUCUUUCGAAAUGAGUUAUUCGGAUAUUCAACAACUUUCGUACGUUAGCAUGCUGAUUGAUGAAACGAUGCGUGUCAUGGCCACCGUUCCACUAGUCGGAAGACAGCUGAAUGCGGACACGAAACUAAGCAACGGCAUCGUUCUGCCCAAGGGAAUUCAAAUACUAAUCGAUAUAUUUAAUAUGCAACGCAGGGAAGAUAUUUGGGGGGCGGAAGCUCACCGCUUUAACCCUGAAAAUUUCUUGCCGUCGAAUAUAGAGGGAAAGCAUCCGUAUUCAUAUAUACCCUUUACCAAAGGCAUGCGGAAUUGUAUAGGCUCUAAAUAUGCUUUAUUGUCGCUAAAAAUUGUCGUGGCCAAACUUGUAAGGAAUUUCCGAUUCACAACCGACUUUGAAUACAGCAAUUUACAUUUCGUCGAAAACAUUACAAUAAAACUCAAAGAAGAGCCGCUGAUCAGAAUUCAUAAGCGAGAGAUGUAAUUCCUUUAAAUGCAUAUGUUCAGUUAUACAAAAAUGUUUACUUAAUAAUAACUGUACAAGCGUUACCACCAUAUUGUAAUUUACAGCUUCACUUCACUACAAAAAACGGCAUAUUGGAGUAAUACCGAACUGAUCGGAUAAAGUAGGCUUUUUAGAAUUAGUUAAUACAUAUAAUUAAACACACAUUUAAAACGGGGAAUAUUAUAUGAAAAUUGAUUUUUUUUGUAAUAUAUUUGAUACAUGCGGGAAAAAUAAAUCAGAAAGACGAAAAGUAUCAUAUUAAGGGUAUGCGUGCUAGACCAAGGGCUAGAGUUCGGUGCCAUACCCACUUCCCAGCAAAUUCAUCCAAAAGUGCUUGCUUUUGUAGCAUAGUAUAUUGCGUUGUUAUACCACUUAUACCUUCACGGUUAACUGCACUUUGUAGGCGUACCACAACAAUGGACAUUCCUGAUUUCUUUAAAAUAUUGUGUCUCUGUGCCUCUGGCACCCAUAUACCUGUUAUACGACUUUUCAAACUUCCGGUGGACUUUAUACCAUAUAUAUCUAGAGGUUAAUUUGUGAGAUAUUUUAGCCUAAUUCAGUGAACGUAUACUUAGAAUGUAAUGUAGCUUGGUGGAUAAAAUGGCUUAAAACGGUCCAGGAAUACCCCAGCCCCCAUAUUAGUAUACGUAUAGUAUGGUAGUAUCAUAUACAGAGAUAGUCAAAAUUAUUUACACAUCGAACGUUUUUUACCAAUUUGAUAGAAAAGACUUUGCUAAAGAUCUAUACCUAAUAGCCAUUUACAAUACAAAAUAAAAAUCUACAAUAAUUAAUAUACAUUAAUAAUAUAUCUUUGGUUGAUGGGUUAUCGAGUAGCCGGCAGUGUGAAGGG